GCUGGGGUUGGCUGUUGUGUCAGGUUCUGGGAGGUGCGGCCCGCGGGCCGCCAGUUGACCGAGUGUGAGAGAGAGAGGUGCGAACUGAACUGAACUGUGCGCGGCGACGUCACCGAGGCCCCGCCCCCUCCCCCGUGACAGCCGGAAGCGGGCGCGGCGGCACGUGACCCCCGGCCGGAAGUGUCGGUGUGUGAAGGAGGAAGAAAGAGAGAGAGAGAGAGGGAAGGAGAAAGGAAGGAAGGAAGAAAGGAGAGGAGAGGCCGCUGGGCUGUCACGGGAAGAUUCCACGCUCGCUCUAUGUGACGUUGUAUGUGUGGUAACAACAUGUCGGUGCCGCUGCUCUCUGAGGCUGCGAUUGUAUCUGGGUCAGAACGGGAGACGGCAGCGGUUAUUUUCCUGCAUGGGCUUGGAGACACUGGUCGUGGCUGGGCGGAAACAAUGUCAUCUAUUCGACUUCCCUAUGUGAAGUACAUCUGCCCUCACGCGCCGAGCAUUCGUGUGGAACUGAACAGAGGACUUAUCAUGCCAUCCUGGUUUAACCUGAUGGGUUUAACCCCGGAUGCCAAAGAGGAUGACCCUGGUAUAAAGAGAGCAUCAGAAAGCAUUAAAGCAGUUAUUGAACAUGAAAUCAAAAAUGGAAUUCCUUCACAUAGGAUCAUUCUAGGAGGAUUUUCACAGGGAGGUGCGUUAUCUCUCUACACUGCUCUGACUUCUCAUCACAAGCUGGGAGGUGUUAUAGCCCUCAGCUGCUGGCUCCCUCUUCAUAAAACCUUCCCUCAGGCAGCAAAUAUCAGUGGUAACAAGGACGUCAGCUUCCUGAUGUGCCAUGGUGACAGAGAUCCCCUGGUGCCGAUGGAGUUUGGUAUGAUGACAGCAGAGAAACUGAAAACUAUUAUCAAUCCUGCAAGAGUUAAUUUCAAGACAUAUCAAGGGAUGCAGCACAGUUCCUGUUCCUCGGAAUUGAUGGCUGUGAAAGAAUUCAUUGAGAGUCAACUCCCACCGGUCUGACUCAAGAGAGCAGCGCAUCUCUGAGACCCUGUGUUCAACUCUCAACUGAAACCAAGCCAUGUGCAAACAACCUCAGCUCUUUUAUGGACCAUUUUAUUUGUAAUAGUUUUUUUAAAUAGAGUUCUGUGAGUACUGUAGGAUGGACGUAUUCGGGACUUCUUAUACAGGCAUACUCCGAAGUCCCUUCAGAAGGUCGUGUCUUGUUAUCAGUAUGCUAAUGGCUGCUUUUGAGGCCAAGCGCCUAUUGGAACUUUAGAUCUUUCUUGCUCAAUGAGUAUGUAUCCAUGCCCUUGUAGACUCCAAGCACAGCUUCUAUUUCACCUCUUCAGCGAUAGUACAGCAGUCGAUAAAAUAUUCCUGCAGCAAAAUUAAGCAUUUGCAGAUUUCUGCAGGGCUCCAAAACAAACCUUACUAAAAAUGUGUCUAAGUCACACAUGUAUUCAAUCUCUGAGGAUUACGGAGCUGUGUUUGAGUCUCUGGGAUGUUGUUGGAUCGAUGCUGCAAAUUGAUGGAGGUCAAAUGAAUGUCAUAAUUUUAAUAACCAGUGAGUAAAGUGGCCAGCGUUGCUUUUCUGAUUGCAAAUGGCUUUUGCUCAAUCAACAGUUCCGACACAGACUGGCCUGUUGAGAACCUGGCCACGUUGGCAAUAAAUAAUUGUCGAGUCGGCAAACCUCAUUUAUGAAUCAUGGGAUCGGUGUUUCGAGUGCAGAUAUAGUCUCUUGACGGAUGUAGUUAUAUUGUUGAUCAAAUCGUUUUUUUUUAACUUAUUUGUUCGUUUUCUUCUCUGUGACUUACUGAAUUGAAAACGGUUAAAGUACUUUUCACCAAAUUCUGACCAAAUUCAUGGGGACUUGAGUGUAUGUCUGGAGUUGCUGAGAUGCAUAUAGUGGGGAGAAUUGGGCAGCUUUGAUUUAAUGUACAGCAAUGACUCGAUAAUCUAACACACGUUAUUAAAACGGGACAUGUCACUGGAAUUUGAUGAGGUUGCAAUAAACCCAGCAAAGUAUCCAGCUUUGAACUCUCAACUCCACCAAACAGGGUUCUAGGUCAUGCCUUCCACCUCUGUGAUCUUCUUUCCAGUUCUUGCGAGGCGUUCAAUUGUAAAUCCUGGGACACUGGGUGCUUUUGUUUCUCAAGGAAGAGUAGAACAUGACUGGUCUGUUCAGGGAAACCCACCUCCAAUUUGGGAUGAAGAACAGAUGUGUUUUGGAAAAAGACUGGAGCUGUCAAUAAUAAUAAUAAUCCUUGCAUUUGAUAUAGCGCUUUUCA